UUCCGGUCGGAGGAGAUGAACAAAGUGCAGCUCAUCAUACCAGUCGAGGCUGCCCACAAUACCGUUACCUAUUUGGCAGAACUUGGUCUUAUCCAACUCAUAGAUCUCAAUUCCGGGAAAAGUCCGUUUCAACGACCCUUCGCUUCUCAAGUAUGUAAAUUUUGUUGUCAUCGUUUUGCUGGGAAACAUGGUGGCCCGCAAUUCUAAUACUUCUCUUGCAUUGUGGGAUCCGAGAGCUGUUUGUAUCGAAAGGGAAUGGCAGACCUCCUGACUCCAUUUAAACAACGAUAGUUCUUCGUAAGAAGUCCGAAAACUUUAAAGAAGGAAUUAGGACACUACCUCCUAGGUGCUCCUAAAUCAAGGAUUAAUCACUGCACCAACUAACCUGAUGGUGACGAAAAGAUGCGAGGAAAUGGCAAGGAAGCUGCGCUGGUUUCAAGACCAAUUGUUAAGAGCCAAACAGACGCCAGUCUGCCGGCACACUUUGGAAAGAGAACUCAAGCUAGAAGAACUUGAGAUGAAAUUGACGGAGUUGGAAACAGAGCUUCUGGAGUCCAAUUGCAACAGCGAAAAACUUAAAAGAAGCUAUAGUGAGCUGAUGGAGAUGGGCUUGGUGCUGCACAAGACAAGCACUUCUUUCAACUCUGCAAGAAGAACCGCUGACAUUCAGCGACGUCAACCAGACUUGAUUGUAGAUGCUGAGGAUGUGAACCAUCCCUUUUUGCUUGAGCAAGUUCAUGAGGCUUCAAUCAACCCAUCCAAGCAAGCCCAAUUAGGCUUUGUUGCCGGUUUGGUGGUCAAUUCCAAGUGUCAUUCCUUUGAGCGUAUCCUCUUCCAUGCAACUCGUGGUAAUAUGUACUUCAAGCGAUCAACACAGGCUGAUUUCGUCGCUGAUCCCGCCUCUGGUGAACAGGUUGAAAAAGUGGUCUUCAUUGUUUUCUUUGCCGGGGAACGAGCACGACUGAAGAUAACAAAAAUAUGCGAAACUUUUGGAGUCAAUCGUUAUCCGUUUCCAGAGGAUUCCGCACGACAAGGGUUAAUGAAAGUCGAGGUAUCUACAAGAUUGUCCGAGCUCCAAGCGACACUGAAUUCUGGUGUUGUCCAUCGGCAAAAUGUGUUCACCAACUUAGGUUACAACCUCGACCAUUGGAUUGGCAUGGUGAGAAGAGAAAAAGCAGUAUACUGUGCGCUGAACAUGUUGAGUGUUGAUGUCACCAGUAAGUGCCUUGUUGCAGAGGGCUGGUGCCCGGUGAAAACCAAGCCCCAGAUUCAAGAUGCACUGCAGAGAGCGACAGUGGACAGCAACUCUCAGCUCAGCUCUAUCUUCCAUGUUGUGCAGACAAAGGAGUCACCUCCGACUUUCUAUGAAACAAAUAAAUUCACGGCACCUUUCCAAGAAAUUGUGAAUGCAUAUGGGGUGGCAAGGUAUCAAGAAGCGAACCCUGGAUGCUUCACGAUCGUUACAUUCCCAUUCCUCUUUGCGGUUAUGUUUGGCGACUGGGGACAUGGCAUAGCACUCCUUAGUGCAGCCCUGUAUUUGAUCUUGAAAGAAAAUCAUUUUGAGAGUAAAAAACUGGGAGACUUCAUGACCAUGGCCUUUGGAGGGCGAUAUAUUAUCCUCUUGAUGUCUAUCUUUUCAAUAUACACGGGUUUCAUAUACAAUGAGUUCUUUUCAGUACCCAUCUUUAUUUGGGACUCCGCCUACUCAUGCAGAGAAAACGAUUGCAGCGAUGCAUCAAGAAUCGGGCUUGUCAAGUGGUCGGAGUUACCGUACCCAUUCGGUCUUGAUCCUGCUUGGCAUGGCUCAAGGACAGAACUGCCUUUCACCAACUCCUUAAAAAUGAAAAUGUCAGUUUUGAUGGGAGUUUCUCAGCUGAACUUGGGCCUUAUGCUGAGCUGGUGGAAUGCCGAUUUUAAUCACAGCAAACUUGACUUCUGGUAUCAAUUUGUGCCGCAGUUGUUGUUCCUAAAUUCGCUAUUCGGUUAUCUGUCCAUGCUCAUCGUCAUAAAAUGGUGCCAAGGAAGUAAAGCCGACCUCUACCACGUCAUGAUUUAUAUGUUUUUGAGCCCCAGUGAACCGCUGGGUGAGAAUCAACUCUUUUGGGGUCAAAAUUACUUUCAGCGAAUGUUGGUGAUGAUAGCAUUGGCGGCGGUGCCUUGGAUGCUAUUCCCAAAGCCUUUCAAGCUAAGAAAGCUGCAUGAGCAGAGAAUGCAAGGUAGGAUAUAUGGUGUAUUGGGAGGCUCGGAUACUGAAUCAGUGGAUCUAGAACAUGAAGAGGAAUUCAACUUCAACGAGAUUUUUGUACACCAAAUGAUUCAUACAAUCGAGUUUGUGUUAGGAACGGUCUCUAACACUGCCUCAUAUCUGCGGCUUUGGGCACUAAGUUUGGCGCACGCGCAACUUUCCUCUGUGUUUUUCGAGAAAUUCCUGGUGCUUUCAUUUUCGUAUUCAAACCCUUUUGUGAGGCUAACUGGAUUAGUCAUGUUUGCUUUCGUUACUGUUGGAGUACUCCUGUUGAUGGAGUCUCUGAGUGCUCUCUUACAUGCAUUGCGGCUACACUGGGUGGAGUUCCAGAACAAAUUUUAUGCCGGAGAUGGCUACAAAUUCAUGCCCUUUUCGUUCAAGGAUCUCGAAAGCGACAAUAUUUGAUUAAAACAUUGGGCUCGCCACGCAGAUAUCAGCUCCUGGAAAUGAAUGUGAGAGCCACGCCACGCCAUGCUGAGCCCUUGAAGAAUUCUCAAGCGACAUGUACCGGUCUCACCUACCAAAACCUGAAUAAACAAGAAUAUGACGGAUCCUGGUUCCUUCCUGGCCCUGCGAAGCACUGUGACAUGAAAUUGUAGGAGAGCAUGAAGAACUUGCCAUUUUUGGACAGAAGAAUUUGUUGCCGUCCUUCGCUGCUGACCGUGUCCGAAGACUUCGAGGAAUGCUAAGAUCCACACCCCCUCCCAC